AUGGAAACCACUACUGGUACUUCUCUGGCUCGUUACUGUCUCAUAACGUUCGUGGUUCUUAUCGUGGUAAUUAUUGACAAGUUGCGUCAUGAUAACCUGUUAUUUAUUCCGCCUGCAAAAGUAAUGGCAAGUAUUGUGAGGGAUAACAAUGAGUUUUCUCGACACGAGCGUGAUGCCUAUCAGCGGAACGGCAAGCGUAGUGCCGACAGCGAUUCAAGCUCUUCUUCCGCAUCUAGUGAGUCUGAGCAUGAGCGAAAAAGACGAAAACUGCAGAAUGGAAACUAUGAAAGGUCGAGGUCUCCGGCGUUUGGAGGCCCAAGCAAAACCUAUAAAGUGGAGCCACCUAAGCAAUUGUUCGAGCCGCUCAUUUCUCCAUACAACGCAAGUGCUGUUUCUGUGAAUUUGACUACUGCAGUGUGUCCUCCUCCUCCUCCGCCACCUAAGAGAAUGUCUCGACCUCGAGGACCUCGGACACCGCCGAUGCCUCCUUGCGAGGAGGAAGUUCCACCGCCACCAGCAGUUCCUCCACCGAUAGCUGCAAUUCCUGCAGCAGCACCUUAUGCCCCUCAAGUCGCAGUGGUUCCGCCUACAGCAUAUGCAGCUCCGCCAGUGAUGUCAUAUCCGUUUUUUCCACCACCAAUGUUCUUUCCUGGCUGCCCACCAAUUCCACCAAUGCCACCUAUGAUGCCUCAGUGUUCAACAAUGAUGCAGCCGACGAUGCCUCCUCCAACUGCGCAAGUGAAACUCACCAUAUCGGAUUUCCCCUCGCAAAAGCCGCAUAAGAAAGAAGUGCAAAUAAAUGAGGAGAGAAGGUUGGAGAUUGAGAGGAAAAUUGAAGAGGAAAUUCGUAAAGAGCAGGAAAGGAGAAAACAACUUGAGUUGAAGAAGGAACGCGAAAAGAGCGAACAGGAGCAAGUAGCAAAAGGUGCUACCAAGACAACAUCCGCGGCCCCUGCAUCUGAUUUUGAUGCUUCAUUGAAUGCUUCAGUACGCGUCGAACAGUCGCCCCAGAGGACAGACUCAAAGCGCCCAAAGACGCCAAGUGAUCCACCAUGUGACGUACCUGAGCAGCCUUCUCGAAGAAAUUCGCAUUCAAAACACAGUUGCGAACCAGGACCUGCCUAUCCCGAAAGCGUCGAUGCUGCUGGUUGUUCGGUUGAAAAGAUUGACACAGCAGUUGAACAAUCUGUGAAGGUUGCUCCCAUGAACUCUCUCGCCUCUGAUCCUAUUCUAGUUGAUUUAUCAAAUUCACACCUUAGAUCUUGCAAGCCUAGUCCCAGAAAACGAAUAGAGAAGGCCGAAGAAGUCAAUAUCAAAUCCCUUAAGGAGCCUCCUUCUGAAGAUUUGCGAUCUUCAACACAAGUGAAACAGGAGAGUCCUCCGCCCUCACUGGAGCAACGGACACUGGAUCGUUCUUCUACAGUUGUGAAAUUUGAAGUUGAACAAACUAAUGAGUGCUUUGGUCAAGCCGUUGUUCUGCAGAAUGUCGCUGUUAAAGUUGAACCAAAGAUGGAACCAUUAGAAGAGCCCAAAGAGGAUAAAAGUAGCUUAUGUGCUACCAAGUCGGUCCCAAUGGAUGUAGAUAGUGACCCAGAAAAUGGUGCUCCAUCUGCAACAUUGUCUUCUUCGAUGAAGGCUGGAAGCGGCGCAGCCAGUGCCACUGGCUCAGUUAACUUACAUGGCGAAGACGGUUUUCGAAGUAGAGUACAAUCAGAAGUCACUGUUAACUUAAAUGACGCUCCGAACAUUUCGAAAAAUGCUUCUGUUGUUAGUGUUAGAGCCGCUGCAGGAAAGGAUGCGCUACCUUCAAGCUCCUCCCGAACAAAUAAGGAGAAAGAGGAGAAUGAGAGGACGAGAGAUGAAGUAAGUGCUCCGAAAACACUUGUAAAGCGCUGUGGACAAAGUAUAAGUUCAUGCUCAUCCGCGGGAAAGAAACAAAGCAAAUCGGAAUCAUUCGAAAAAGAUGGUAAGAGCAAGAUUAUCGGAGCGUCGCAAAAGAAUUCUCAAGCAAAAAUCGGCUGUGAUGUACCUGGAACCAGUCGAGGUGACAAUGAUCAGUGCACGCUUGACGGAAUGAAGAGUGCAGAGAAGUUGAAGUCUCAUUCGCGUCUGGAAUCUCCGUCACAGUCCCCAGCAAAAGGUUCAACUCCUCUCAAGGACAUUCGUACACCUGUGAAAACUCCUAAAAAAGAAGUUAUUGGAUCAGAUAAACCAUCUACCUCAUAUGCUACCCUUAUUUCCUCCACAAAGCAGCAAAAAGCGAAGGGAGGAACUUCGGAAGGGCAUCUGUGCAAAUCUCGCUCCCCCCAGUGCGAAGCGCCAUCUGACAUGCAACGUCCCUCGAAUGAGAUGCGAAAAGAAAUCGGCAAACUCGAGAAGGAGGCAGCCAAUAUUGCCAGAAACGACGUCACGCAUCCACACUCCAUGCAGCCGAGCACGUCUUCCGUGCCUUACGUUAAUGGCACUAGCGCCAAUGUUCAAGAAAUGAAGUCUGAAAGUUCUGGCAGUGACGGUAACGUGAAGUGUAAAGAGAAUGGACAUUCGCACAGCGAGGGCAAAGGAACGAAGCACGACAAGAAAGAUAAACUCCCAAGGAUUUCAAACAAGUUUCGCAAAUUCGUCAUUGUUGACACACAUCCAAAUGGUGGGGCUUCCAUUCUGCGUACUGAUUGGAACAAUAUCCGCAAGCAUUUCGAUGCUGAAGAGAGGAUGGAAUUCGCGAAGCAAUUUAUUCGUCUUGGUUUGGCGGAGUCCAACGGAGUUCCAGUUUUUGUCAUUGGAGUGUUGGAAAACGCAGCAUCAUAUCUUGUGGACGUUUUCCAGUACCUUCACGAAAAACACGCGCAGUUACCUGUCAAGGUUGGAUCGUUGACGAACAAACAGAUUGUGGAGACUAUGCCAUUCAAUAGCUAUUAUAAACAAGUGAUGGAGACCUGCCAUCAUGGUACUUUUCGAGCGGGUCCUAUGCAUUCGGUGUCGAUGGUUGGAGCAAAACAAGAAGAAUGUGGGGACUAUUUCGCCGAACUUUUGGCAGAGUUGGAGAAGUCACCGAUUCUUCGUCCGAUUAUGCCUUGGGGGGAAUGGUCAACCUUACAUCUUGACACGAUAACAGAAUGUGAUGAUGGACCAAUUUUCUGGGUUCGACCCGGAGAGCAGUUGAUACGUACUGACGACAUAAAAGACGAGCGUGAGAGCAAGAGAAAGAAAGUAUCUUCUAGUGGACGAGGACACUCUCACCCCAUCAGACAUUACGAGCGUCGGGAGUUGCUCUUCGAAGAUAGAACGCCAUGUCAUGCCGAUCAUGUUGGCGACGGUUUGGAAAGAAAAACCACUGCAGCUGUUGGCAUUCUUCAGUCAGUACGUAAUAGCAAUGAAAAACCAUCGCGGAGGGCAGUGAAGGAUGUGGUUUGUUUCCAUGCGGCGGACUUCGAGCGUAUUGUGGAAACGUUGCAACUUGACUUAUACGAACCACCCAUGUCACAGUGUGUUCAAUGGGUUGAAGAGGCAAAGCUGAACCAGCUUCGUCGUGAAGGCGUACGAUACUCCAAAUUUCACCUGCAUCACAACGACAUUUAUUUUCUUCCACGGAAUAUCAUUCAUCAGUUCCGAACAAUAUCUGCUUGCGCAUCGAUCGCGUGGCAUGUUCGAUUGCAACAGUACUAUAUGGAAGAGGAAGCGCCUGAGUAA